AUGAGAUGUCACAGGAAAGCUGGACGACCGAUUGUCUAUAUUGAUGAAACUUGGGUAGACAGCAAUUUGACAUUUAAGAAAUGUUGGCAAGAUGACACAGUUUUGGGAGCUACAGCAAAUGUUAAUUCGAAAAAUAAACUCAUAGUUGUUCAUGCUGGGUCAUCAACGGGUUUCCUUACGGGUGCUUUACUAGUAUAUAAAGCAUCAACAAAAAGCGGCGACUAUCACGGGCAAAUGAACCAUGAAAACUUUAAAAAAUGGGUGUCGGAAAAACUUCUUCCAAAUUUGCAACCAAACAGUGUCGUAUGCAUGGAUAAUGCACCGUAUCAUACGAUUGUCGAAAACUCCACUCCAACGAAGUAUUCUACAAAAAAAGUUAUGAUAGACUGGUUGAAAAACAACGGAAUACCCUGCGAUCAAAAAAUGCGAAAAGCGGAACUGUUCUCUCUUAUAGACAGUAAUCGUCCAAAGAAAAUUGUCUAUAAAAUUGAUAAUUUAAUAGAGAAAGAAGGACAUGAAGUUAUCCGACUACCCCCUUAUCAUUGCGAUUUGAACGCAAUCGAAUUUGUGUGGUCCUCUGUAAAGAGAAUAAUAAAGGAACGAAAUGUUAUUGGUGAUUUAAGUUUGGACAGUCUGAAAUCUCUUCUUCAAACAGCUAUCACUUAA